CAAAGAUUAGACUCGCCCACAAAUGAAGGAUCCAAUUUCACCACUUCUGUGGAAGGAAGUGGCUUUAGUUUCUUCCAAGAAGCAAAAUAGAAGAGAGGGUUCAUUGAUCCAAUCCAACACGUCUAUUGUGAAAAUCAUGCCACACCCAAUUUGGCAAAUCCUUCAAAACAGGCAUAACCCAGUUCAUUGAAUCCAUUAGGCUGCUUGGUAUUGGAGUUCAUAUAUUUUUCCCUCUGCUGUCUGUGGAUGGCUGAAGAGGGAAUAGUCAGUGAUGAUACAAAGAACACAGCCGCAAAACCAAACCCAAAGUUGACACUUUUGCCUCUUAUAGCUCUAAUUUUCUAUGAGGUUUCUGGGGGCCCUUUUGGUGUAGAGGAUUCAGUCAGGGCUGGGGGUGGCCCUCUUUUGUCUUUGCUUGGUUUCUUGGUGUUUCCCUUGUUUUGGAGCAUCCCAGAAGCUUUAGUGACAGCUGAGCUUGCCACAAGCUUCCCUGAAAAUGGUGGAUAUGUGCUCUGGAUAUCAGCAGCUUUUGGGCCUUUCUGGGGUUUCCAAGAGGGCUUUUGGAAAUGGUUUAGUGGGGUUAUGGACAACGCUCUUUACCCUGUCCUAUUCCUGGAUUACUUGAAGCAUUCAUUUCCCAUCUUCAACCGGUUGAUAGCUCGAAUUCCAGCUCUUUUGGGAAUAACAUUCUCAUUGACAUACUUGAACUACCGUGGACUACACAUUGUCGGGUUCUCUGCUGUUUCCCUUGCGAUUUUCUCACUUUGCCCGUUUCUUGUAAUGGCGAUUCUUUCGAUUCCCAGAAUAAGGGUGAAGCAGUGGCUAGUUGUGGACUUUAAGAAGGUGGAUUGGAGGGGAUACUUCAAUAGUAUGUUUUGGAAUCUGAACUAUUGGGAUAAGGCAAGUACCCUUGCAGGGGAGGUUGAAAAUCCAAGUAAGACAUUUCCAAAGGCUCUUCUCGGGGCUGUAGUUGUGGUGGUUUCUUCAUAUUUGAUCCCACUUCUUGCUGGAACAGGAGCUUUAAACUCUGCCUCUAGUGACUGGACUGAUGGGUACUUUGCAGAAGUUGGGAUGUUAAUAGGUGGCUUUUGGCUUAAGUGGUGGAUUCAAGCAGCUGCUGCAAUGUCUAACAUGGGGUUGUUUGAAGCAGAAAUGAGCAGUGAUGCCUUUCAACUUCUUGGGAUGAGUGAGAUGGGAAUGCUUCCGGCUAUAUUUGCUUCAAGGUCAAAGUAUGGAACACCUACUGUUAGCAUUUUGUGCUCUGCUACCGGAGUUAUCUUCUUGUCGUGGAUGAGUUUUCAGGAGAUCUUGGAAUUUCUUAAUUUCUUAUAUGCUAUAGGAAUGCUUCUUGAAUUUGCAGCUUUUAUAAAAUUGAGAGUAAAGAAGCCAGACCUUCAUCGACCUUACAAAGUCCCCUUCCAAACAUUUGGGGCAACAAUGCUUUGCCUGCCUCCUGCAUUGUUGCUUGUUCUUGUUAUGUGCUUGGCUUCUCUAAGGACUUUCUUUGUAAGUGGUUGUGUAAUCAUUGCUGGGGUUUUGUUGUACCCUCUUUUAGUUCAUGCAAAGGAUAGGAAGUGGGCACAUUUUGAUGCAGAACAACCUGCUGAGCCUCCCCUUAACUGUCCGGCUGGCCAUUCAUCGGCUUUGCAGUUGCAUCCAGAAGAUGCAGAUGAGGCUUCAGUUGGCCUUCUCACAGACUUGUCACCUGAUACAGAACAAGAACCCUCCAAAUUGAGGUCAGAAGAAGUCUUGAAAUUAGAGUAGCCAGUCUUUUUCAUACCAACUUUCACUGGUUUGCAAAGCUAUAAACGAAUGUAUAAUUCUUUACCAUAUAAGUUGUAAUUCUAAUACUAUGUGUUUGAAGCUGUAAUUCUUUUUGUUAUGUGUUUGAAGUUAUUUUGAUGUU